UUCAUACAGGAAGCACAUUCAGUUGUGUGCAGUUCAGCUCCUAUAUAUUUCAUCUUAAACAUAUUGUCAAUUUAUCAAUAAUUCUGAAACAUGGCUGUAUCGAAUUAUUCAUUGAAGGUCAACAGACAGUUUUUGGAUCCCAGCUUUGAGAGUUACAGACUGUCUCUGGAGCCCAUACCAAUUUACAACGUAGAGCUAGAUGCUGCUGUGGCGGAGGUGAAACUGAAGGACAGUCAAUACACCCUGGACCAUGUGCGUGCUUUUGGCAUGUACAACUACCUGCAUAUAGACCCCUGGUAUGAGGACAGUGUUUUCUUUGUUGACUGCAAAGGGCGAGUGCUGAAUCUUACGGUUACCCUGGACACGGCACUGGGGAAGCCCAUAGAGGUCUUCCACAUGCCCUCUGACCCCACUGUGUGUGAGGAACGUCUCUGUGCCUCUCUUAGCUUCACCUCUGCCACCUGGGCAUCUCUCUCUGACGGUGCGGGCAGACUCUACCUCCUCAGAACCAGCAUGAGAAGGGAGAAUUGCAGUCUGAAGUGGGAGCCCUUGUUCAGUGAGGAGAUGGGGGAGCCCUUCACCAUCCUCCACAGCAUAUCUCACGUCCAGGCUGGGGUCCAUUCCAUGGAGGUCCUGCUCCUCCGCAUCCAGAAAGACCCAUCAUCGGACUCUGAUGCAAAGGGAAGUGGCUACUCUGUUUCUUUGGAAUGGAUCACAGUCUCUAACACUGCAGAACAGGGUCAGGAGAAGAAAUACAAGGUAAGGAAGAGGAAGAUGCUGAGGGGGAAGUCAGUGCCCCACUAUGCAGCGUUGGAGCCCCAAGGGAAAGGGCUAAUGGUGGCUUCAGAGAAACCUUUUGUUUUCACACAUGUGGACGGGGCACUGCUGGAGCAGCCUGUGGCACAGGCCAUGGAGAUGGAGUCGAGCGCUGGUGGGUCAAUGCUACAGGUCAUAGAUCCAAUCUACUUCUGGCAGCAGACAAUAGAGGAUAUAACAGUAUCUGUGCGUAUGCCCGAGGGCAUCACCAAAGAUGACGUGGUCUUCAAGCUCUCCAUGGAAAAUGUGAGUGUGGGGGUGCAGGGUUUUGCCCCCUUGCUGGAGGGGCAGCUGCAUGCCCCUGUGGACCCCGAAGCCAGUGCCUGGAUCAUCAAAGACGAGAAAAGCCUGGAGGUGACUCUCCAGAAGAGGAGCGAGGGGCCCAUGUGGCCAGAGCUGCUGACUGGAGGAGACGGGAGAGGAGAGUUCCUGAUGAGUGAGGAGCAGACGGCCUUGCUCAACGAGAGACUGACAUACCUCACUACUGAGGACAUGAAUGCCAACCCAGACAAGGGCAAGCCCCCUUGCAACGCCCAGGAGCUGGAGGACUGCGAUGGCUUCCCAGAAGACAGCUCCAAUCUGACUCGCUUCGAUGGAGAGUCGCUCAAGCCCACUCACGUGGUGAACUUGGGGAGCCAUCAGUACCUGUUCACAGUGGACUUGAACCCAUCUGAGAUGCCUAGUUUCUGCCUGCGUCAUGACGUGGAUGCCCUGCUGUGGCAGCCCCGCCCGGACCAGCCCAGCAUCAUGUGGGAACACAUCGCCACCUUCAACGCCCUCGGCUACGUCCAGGCAUCGAAACGUGACAAGAAAUUUGCCACCUGCCCCCCAAACUUCUCCUAUGCCGCUUUGGGGGAGUGUCUUCGUCGGGUGUUCAUCUACCGGCAGCCGUCGCCGGUGGACACAGUCCUGUUCAACAGGAUGCAGGGUCGUCAGGUGGGCCAGGUCGCUAAGCAACAGGUGGCCAGCCUGGAGUCAAACAACAUUGUCCUUGGCUUCAGAGCCACCAAUGAGAGACUGUUCGUCCUGACCUCUAACAACCUAUUUGUUCUGAAGAUCAACAAUUAGAUCUGGGACUACUUUUAUGGCCAGUUUUAAGGACACAUCCGGGAUGGAGAAUCCCCAUUGAGAUAGCAUUUUAGUCCAGGACUAAGCUUAAUCUGUGUCCGGGAAUCUGCCCCUUGGAAUGUUUCCAUCCACCAUACACACUGUCCACCCCUGAGACAGAGCUAUACCAUUCCACAAAGUAAAAGGAGUGUAUCUAGAACCUACAGUAAGUGUGGUGGUGUAAUGUUAUUUGUGGUAGGGGUCUGAUCUGUCAGCAAUAUGUCUACACUUUCAAAUGUCUGUCUUCAUAUUUGUAUGUUAUUCUGUGAAUAUCCUACUGGUGUUGACACUGUAUAGGGGCCCAUAUGUAGUAUGAUUCAUGUUCUCACAUUAAAUUAUGCCCUCAGAAGCUUUGACCAAUAGAAGCAGAAUGUAAUGAAAAUAUUCCAUUAAAACCAAACAACGUUAUGAGUUUUGUACCUUUA